UUUCCUCAAAGUGGUAGCACACACCACGAAGGUGAAAAUCGAAGUUUCUUGCACGUGUUUGAAAUCGUGUUUAAAACGUAUUUUACGACUUUAUUUUUGCCUCGGUGAAGCUUUAGCGGAGAGGAUCGAUACAGCGUUUUCAAAAUGUCUAGUGAUGAAGUUAAUCCUAAAGCGUACCCAUUAGCUGAUGCACAGUUAACAGUCAAAAUACUGGACCUGGUGCAGCAAGGAACCAAUUACAAGCAGCUAAGAAAAGGUGCUAAUGAAGCAACCAAGUGUGUCAAUCGAGGCAUUGCUGAAUUUGUUGUCAUGGCUGCAGACACUGAACCAUUAGAAAUAUUAUUACACCUUCCAUUACUAUGCGAGGACAAGAAUAUCCCCUACGUCUUUGUACGCUCCAAGCAAGCAUUGGGUCGUGCUUGUGGUGUCUCACGACCAGUCAUUGCAUGUGCGGUCACCGUAAAUGAAGGGUCACAGCUCAAACCACAGAUUCAAACACUGCAGAAUGCUAUUGAAAAACUUCUUAUAUGAGUUUGUAAAAUUAACAUCAGGUGUUACAAUAGAUACUCAUUCAAGAUGUUAUGCAUUUCACUUGUAUAAAUAUACAUAUAUGAAAUCAUGCAAAUAGUUU